AUGACGGGCCGCAAGCGCAAGGCCGACGACGAGGGCAGCGCUGCUGACGACGACCGCAUGAGUGCAUCGCCAUCGGUGCCCCCUGCCACCCUCCCGCGCCCGCCGCCCCGGGGCAUGAAGCGGAUGCGAACCAACGUCUCCGGCCGCCCGCUCCCUCUGCCUCGCCUGCUGGAGACGCUCAGCGCCGACGAGAUGCGGAGCCUGCUGCAGUCCAUCUGCCAGCGCCACCCAGACAUUGGCAACGAAGUCGUCACCACAGCGCCCCGGCCCAGCAUCCAGUCCACCAUGGAGGUCCUGUCCAAGUACGAGGCAGCGUUCCAGGCAGCAUUCCCCUUUGGCGGCCGUGCGUCGUCGGACUAUGCAUACAACAGAGUCCGCCAGCAGCUGGACGAGUUGCUCGACUCGCUCAAAGACUUUACGCCUCAUUUCCUCCCCCCACACGAGCAACAGCCUGCAACCUCGCUCGCCUUCCUCGAUGGAGCCACCGACAUCAUCCACCGUCUUCCCAACUGGGAUACCUACCAGCACAACCGCCACAAGCAAGAGGCAUACGAAGAGGUUUCCAAGGCAUGGGCGAUUGUCAUCCGCGAGGCAGCCAAGAGGGCAGGUGGUAUUCAGCUCCAGUACGGCGGAUGGGACCAGAAAAUCGCAAAGCACAAUGAGGUUUCGGGCGGAAAGAUGCAGGAAGCCGUCAACGAGCUGCGUGGGGGUCUUGGCUGGAUGGGCACCGAGACAAGCAAUGCUGCCACGGCUGGCCCCGCCGAUGCCAUGUCAAUUCGGCAGCAGCUUUUGAGCGGAAACUACGGCAGCGGCUCCCCGGCCAGCAUUGGUGCUUGGUAG